GCAGACGGCGCAAGCGCCCGGUGCACGUCUGGCGGCUCUAGCCCUGGAUGUGCGCGCGAGUGUCUUUCUCGCGCUAAGAGUCCAGCUCCGCCUCUCGUCCGAGCCCCACAACCACCACCUUCCCCCGCUCCGGCCCGGCUCUCGGAUUGGCCAAGGCGCGCAUCAGUCAGCGCCCGGACCCAUCUCGCGCUCCCCAUUCAUGCAGUUUGGUUGAGUCUAUUAAGGUUCAACUAUGCCCAAAAGAAAGGCUGCAGCUGAAGGUGAGGUAAAGGAGGAGCCAAAGAGACGAUCGGCUAGGUUAUCCGCUAAACCUGCUCCACCUAAACCAGAGCCAAAGCCGAAAAAGGCAGCACCCAAGAAAGAAAAAGGAGCAAAUGAUAAAAAGGAGGACAAAAAGGUAGCAAAAGGGAAGAAGGGAGCCAAAGGAAAAGAUGAAACUAAGCAAGAAGAUGCUAAAGAAGAAAACCACUCUGAGAACGGAGAUACCAAAACUAACGAGGCACCAGCUGCUGAAGUAUCUGACGAUAAGGAAGCCAAGUCCGAGUAACAACCUUUGCCCUGUUCAUUUCCAUCAUCCGGUAUCCAUACCUCCAUACUGUAUUGUUAAGAGAGGAAUAUUUUUAUCAACUAUUUUAUAAAUGCAGGUUUUUUUAGCAUGAAUUUAAUCAUGGAACAUCUUCAUCUCUGUUACUUGGGACUUAAACAACAACAAAAAAACGACAAAAAAUCUUUUGUUUUUAAAAUUUUGUGAUUGUCAUAGUUUGUAUGGUACCUGGAAAGAAUCAGUGGUGGUAGCUAUUGACUUCUGUCAGUAUAUAAUCCCUUUGUGUGUAAGUCAGGCAGACUUCAGAUUUUAAUUUCACCCUUGUUAUGUGUCGUACGGUUUCUUAACGUGGGGAGGUCUCCAAAAAAAAAAAAAA